ACGGAGCGGCUAUCACGAGCUGCCCGUGAGAUUCGGCAGCAGUCAGCUGUCAUUUCUAAAUGGAGGAUUCAUGUUUUUGUUUUCUUUCCUUCCCAUUGGAUCGCAGUAUCACUCCUGCAGCCGUGACAGGGGACAGAUCGUAAAGGCAUCAGAGAGAGGAGGGACGCACACCGAAGGACUCAAGUGUGAGGAGGCUUUGGGUCCAGCGUACACUUCGUGCAGACUGGGAACGGUUUCAUUGAGACAUGGGGUGUAGGCUCCCUAAGCUGCGGAAGGCAGAAGAGACGCGAAGCCCGGGCAAUAUCUACUCCACCCUCCGACGGCCUCAGGUGGAGACUAAAGUGGGUGUGGCGUACACGUACCACUUCCUGGAUUUCUUGUUGGGGAAAGAAGAGGUGCCGGUGUCAUCGGUGCUUUGUCUGUCCUCGGUCAGAGAGCUACCGGUUCAGGUCAGGGAACUCUACGCGCAGGGUUUCGUCCUGGUCGCCGUCCACCCAUUUGUUCACCCCUGCGGCCCUCGCCAUGCACACAUUCAGCGCCAGCUUCACCGGGCCGUGCUGGUCCGGGAGAUGCCAAGUUCAGAGAAAAGUCAACUGAGGUGGGCAAGACAUCGUCUGGAGACAGAUGUGUGUGUGGCGGGUCACCAGGCUGCUGACCCAGACGUGAUCCAGAGCUACGUCAAGAGGAUCCAGGAUGUAGCAGAGCAAGGGGUGAUGUUUGUAGGCUUUCUUCAACAGCCAGGGGGUGGACCCUGCUUCUUGGGGCACUGGGACCCUGAGGAGCUGUCGUCCUUACAUUCAAGCCCUUCGCCCAUACAUCGACACCCCUUCAGCACAAACACCAGCCCAACUGAUCCAACAGAGCCACAUCAAAAUGGCGUAGAACAUGACCAUCACCCCUUUGAACCUCAAGAGCUAGAUCAUGAAAAUGUAGACUGUAACAUGCAGCCUUUGGUGCCCAGAGAACCAGACUUCAGCCCUCUGAAACCCACCCAGAGUUCAGAGCUCAACACAGAGGAGUCUAAUGAACAAAAUCAGACUUCAGAGAUCAAUUUCAGAGAGUCACUAGAAUCAACAAACCAACCUCAAAAUCACAGUAAACCUGGUUUGGACACAGUUCAGUGGUGUCCAAGUCCAAACCUAGCAGAUACCCCAGGGAGCCACCUGUGUCUAAGCCCUUCAAAAAGUACAGGUACAGUCAAACAGCAGGAGCGUAGUCUACCGGAACACCAAGAAUCCCCAGAGAAACAGUUUAACAUUCCAAAUCAGAGAGAGAGACAAGAUUCAAGCUCAGACAGCUGGCUCAGCUCUCCAGAACUUGAUCGCAACCAUGAAAAAAAGUCCAGCUCCAGUGUAACAACCCACAACAACAACCAUAUUCAUCUUAAGAGUUCAGAGAAAGAUAAGAAUACACCUUCACCACCAGCGCAGGCUAGGAUGCAGGUCUUUGCCCUGUACAACCACACAGGGGAGCUGAACACUUCUCUGAGGUUCUACUCGCUGAGGGUGCCACUUCGAGUACAAAAGGAAGCAGGGCUGAUCACAGAAGUUGACGCGCACUGGCUUGACCACAUGACUCAGCAUUUCACCAGCGGUGCACACCUCAUCGAUGGGUUUUUCCACCUUGGCGAUGGCAAUGACAAUGGGGUUUCAUCCGUGGAUAGUGUGUUCAUCUUCCAGAGCUCUGCAGAGGAGACCACAAACACGUCCUAUGAUGCUAUUGUGGUUGAGCAGUGGACCGUUGUUGAUGGUGUGGUGGUGAAGACAGACUAUAUCCCAUUGCUCCAGUCUUUAGCUCCGUAUGGAUGGAGACUAAUGUGUGUGUUACCCACACCAAUUGUCAAGACCAACAGUGAUGGGAGUUUGUCGACCAAGCAAAUCCUCUUCCUUCAGAGACCCAUUUUGCAACGCAAGAGAAAAGACUUCAAGAUGCUGAACCUCAGGGGUCGCAGCAAGGCAAAGAAAAAUUCUACAGGAGAGGAGGAGAGAGAGGACAGGUCCCCCGUGAUGGAGGCAGAGAUGGACUGGUUGAGAAGAAACACAAAAGAGGAGGAAGAAGAAGCGGAGGCGAGGAAGAGCAGGGAUGGUGGACGGAGCGAAAGGGCUAGCCCUCAGGAAGGUGGAAAGGAGAGGGAAGAGGAUGCACGACAUCAAAAGGGCUCCUUGUUCCUAUCGGCGAGCAGGGUUUCUGUUGAAGACCAGGAGGAGGAAACUGACAUUGACAAGACCACUAUGUCCAACCAGGAGGAGUCGGUGAGAUGGACAGAUGCGUGUCAGAGAGAUGUUGGAGGGGUCAAGGAGGAGGUGAAGACAGAAGAGCGGAUCAAACAGCAGCUGUUUUCCGGCGUCUGUUGACACAUUGGGCACAAAACAGGGAAAGGGAAGCUGACACCUGGUUUCUUUAUCAAAAAAGUCUUUUAAGGGAAUCUGUUGUUGAUCUGGAUGUUUAGUUCUUCUGUGGACAUUCCAGAUGUAGUCAUAUAUUCUGUAUUUAUAUCAUGUACUGAUGUUAACGCUUCAAUCUGCUCUGUUUAGGACGCAAGUCUUUGAGUUCCCAUAAAUGGGAAAGUGUUGUGCAGUUUCUCUGCUUUGGGUCAGUGUCGCUAUACGAAAUGAAAUGAGACUGUACAAGACUUUACAGUACAACCUAGAACAAGUCUCCAGUCUAAGCCUUAAGUAUUAUUUUCUAGCCCAUUGUUGUAUUUUACUACUUUCUUGUAAUAGGACUGUUAAAAAAGGAGAAUUGAUUUCACUAGGCUCAUUGUAUUUUUAUAUGUAACAUAUAUAAAUUAAGAUAGAAAAGAGACAGGGAAAACAGUAUGACAAAGUUUGUAGUAAACUGCAUGAAAGCCCAACUGAUACAUCUGCAUUGGCCAAUUUUAGCUUAUUACAGACAUCAGGCAUCACCUUAUAUGUUGGCCAAUAAACAACAAAAAUUGUAGUACAGAUUUGCCAAAGGUGUUUGAGGUAAUUAAUAAACAGUUGUCAUUAGCUUAUUUGGAAAACUUCACUCGGUACAUAGCUUGGUCAGAAUUUUUCCAAUAACCAAAUUUCGGGAACAAAAAAAUUAGUCGAAAAAAAUAAAUAUCAACCAAUAUGUAGUUAUCAGAUUUAUUAAAAUAUUCAAAUUUAUUCGUCGCAGCCAUAAAAAAAAAAAUAAAAAAAAUAAUACAGUAUCAGCCUGGCUCUACACUGCAUUUAAGUAUUAUGUGGUUCAUUUUACUGGGUCUCUAAAUGUUAGAGGGUAAGUUCGUAUAAUUUACUAGUAGGAACUAGCUAUGCUGAAAGUUUUGGUUCAUUGUGGCCAGGUAUUGAGAUAUGUGUCUGAGAUUUACCUCAAUGUGAUGGAGGCGAAUUUUUUUUGUGGUGCUCAAAUAAGGCUUUAAUAAAAAAAAAAAAAAAAAAAAAUCAACAUCUCUUUCCACAGGGGAUUUGCCUGUUACUCGGGAUUAUACACGUUACAUGCAAUUGACUUUCCUUAGGGACUUAAUCUUUGACACUUGGUUGUUCAUUUUUUUAAAUGCAAUUUUUCAAUGCUGGAGCAUCACUAAAUACUUCCAUUCACCUCCAUUGUGAUGGGGUGGUCUCAGAACCUGGCCAAAUCCAACCAAAAUUGUGUAUUUGGCAAGAUACUACAAGUAUUGUGUGAGAAAAAGCUUUUUAGUCAUUUGACUGAACUGACCCUUUCAGGGUUUCCGCUACAGAAAACGUAUACAUCAGAAAUCAGCUAUUUAUUAUUUCCCAGACCACCUGUGUUGUGUGUAAGUUGUGUGAUAUGUAGGCCUUCAUAUAAAAGCAGAGGUCAAUAAAGUGUUA